AUGAAUAAUAGAAUCUUUAGAUUUUAAAAUACUAAUAUUUUAGCAUAAGCAUUAACUAAUAAGAUUCAUGAAUUAGAAUAUUAAUCUAAAAAAGGAAUUAAAUAUCCUUAUGGAAACAAUGAAGAAUUUAUUGUAAUUGGUUAAAUGAUCUUUGAAUUUUAUUUCUCUGAUUAUUUAAUUUAGAGAGGGUAUUAACAAAAGACAUAUAUAGAUAUCCAAAUAAAGAUUCAUAAAUUAAAAAGCCAAGUGAUCUUGUUUUAUUGAGACAAAGACUACUAAAUGAUAAAAAUUUAGCAGAAAUUGCAAUAUAAUACAAUAUACACAACUUUGUUUAAAUAGGUAAUUAAACAGCUUUAAAGUAUUUUCAUUUAUAUUUUCUUUAGAAACAACCCUAAAAUUUUAGCUGAAACACUUAAAUCUAUUGUAGCAGCAUAAUAUUUUGAUUCUGGAUUCGAUUUAGAACAUAUUAGAGAAAUUUCAUAAUCUAUAAUUAAAGAACUUUUAGACAAGUAUUCAUUUAAAUGACAAAUUAGAGGUUAAAAUAUUCCCAUAGCAGAAUUAAAAUAAAAUGCAAAAUCAUCAUUCCUUGAAUUCAUUAACAACUAUACAAAUUUGAUUCCAAAAGUAUCUGUAGAAUGGAAAAAAGAUGACAAUUAAAUUAAUGUAUAUAAAGUAUAAUUAGAAUUGGAUUCUCUUAUUAAUAUUUCUAAAACAGGAAUAAAUAAGAGAUAAACAGAAUAACUUGUUUAUUAAGAGGCUUUGAGAUAAAUCAAAUCAAAAAUGAUAAAUUAAUCAAAAUUACCUAAGAUAAAUCAAAUAUAAAAAAAUAUCUAAGAAAAAUAAUCCUCUGAAUAAAGCACAUUAAUAUAUGAAUUAGAUAAUUCAAUAAUGAAUGACACUCAAUAUUUUCAAUUUUUAGAAUAACAUGAAUUUAGUAAAUCAGAUGUAAAUGAAUCAUUAGGUGAUAAAGUAGAGCAUCUGCUUGAAAAAUUAGCAUUUUGA